UUUUGUUUUAGUUACGUCUGAAAUGUUAAAUGAGCGUCAACUUUACCUUAAGUUACUAUAGUAUUCCGGCAAAAAUGUUAGCACACGCUCAGUAACUGAAGCUAACUCACGUUAGCAUAUUAGCAUGUGAUGCCUCUGAGAUGGCUUUAUGUUAGCUGGCGUUACCUAGCUUUGCUACCGUUAACCAAAUAAGAGGCCGCGCUUCAUUGACAAAGUUGUUGGUUAACUUGUAGCUUGCAACAGCCGUUUUCGGCCGUUCUCAAGCCAUAGACGAAUAGGAUAAACACUGUCAAGCUGUUGUUUUUAUGUAGCGAAAAUGUUGACUCCAGUUGUCUGAGUAGACUGGCUUGCUAGCGUAUGCUAACCACAGCCCGGGGCCCAAGGGUGUCAAAGCGGUUCUCUUUAAUCAAACUGACUUUCAAAGACGACGUCUUAUGCAGUGGUCAUGUUACAGCGUUAUUGUAAAGAAUGCGAUGAUUACAUAGUUUGAUUUUACCUGCUCACACAGUAGAGACCGUAACCAUUUGGCCUGGAGGAGAAGCCUGCAGUGCUAAAGUCCAUCCCUGAGCAUGAUUAGCUGGUUGUGGUGGAGGUGAGGAAGCAUGGAGUGGAAAUUUGGGGUGUCAAGACAAACGUGAUGACAGCAUGGUCCAUGGUGGAGAAGCUCAAAAUGGAAAAACGCCCGUGCAGGGAGGAGAACAUUGACUCAAGCGAGGUGCAGCAUACCACUGAUGAGUCUGAGGAUGGAAGCAGCUCAGAUAGCGAAUCAGAAGAGCAGCAACACCGUAGUGUUCAGGUGAACAGCAGUAGCUGUAAGAGAAGGGAGCCACUGGCUGUAACAAAACCCCACCGACAGCUCUGUCGCUCCCCAUGCCUUGAUCGGCCCAGUUUUUCCCAGAGUAGCACUGUGCAAGACUUUCGUGAGGAUGAGACCAACACAGUACAAGGCGUUAAGCCUGCCAGUGAGAGAGAGUACCAGACUAAGAAGGAAUUUGCUUUGAAGUUGGGCUAUUCGGGAGAGCAGGUUGAAACUGUGCUCAACAAGUUAGGGUCUGCUGCGCUUAUUAACGAUGUUCUUGCUGAGUUAGUACGGCUUGGAAACAAAGCAGAGCCUGAAAACCAGUCUUGCAGCAGCAGUACAGCCACGCCAAUAUCACGCUCCCCCUGUGUUAAAGAGACUGUUAGUCCCGAAGUGUCAGUGGAAGAGGAAUCUGUAGAUAGCUUUGAUAACCUCAGGCCUAUCGUCAUCGAUGGCUCAAAUGUGGCAAUGAGCCACGGAAACAAAGAGGUGUUCUCUUGCCGUGGCAUCCAGCUUGCUGUUGAAUGGUUUCUGGAGAAAGGACACAAAGACAUCACUGUGUUUGUCCCAGCCUGGAGGAAGGAGCAGUCAAGACCUGAUGCCCUCAUCGCAGAUCAAGAAAUCUUACGCAAGCUGGAGAAAGAGAAGAUCUUGGUUUUUACCCCGUCUCGGAGAGUUCAAGGCAGGAGAGUGGUGUGCUAUGAUGAUCGCUUCAUAGUGAAGCUGGCUUAUGAUUCUGAUGGAAUUAUUGUGUCAAAUGACAACUACAGAGACUUGCAAAAUGAGAAGCCAGAAUGGAAGAAAUUUAUAGAAGAGCGACUCCUAAUGUACUCAUUUGUCAAUGACAAGUUUAUGCCACCUGAUGAUCCAUUGGGAAGACAUGGACCAAGCUUAGAAAAUUUCCUGCGCAAACGCCCCGUUGUACCAGAGCACAAAAAACAACCUUGCCCCUAUGGGAAAAAAUGCACAUAUGGACAUAAGUGCAAGUACUAUCACCCAGAGCGUGUCAACCAGCCACAGCGCUCCGUGGCUGAUGAACUACGGGCCUUUGCCAAAUUGUCUGCAGUGAAAACAAUGAGUGAAGGGGCUUUAGCUAAGUGUGGGACUGGUCCAGCAACUGUAAAGGGGGAUAGCAACUCUGAGGCCAAACGCGUGGCACCCAAACGUCAGUCUGACCCCAGCAUCCGUUCAGUGGCUUGUGAACCUCCAGAGGCACUGUCCGCCAUUAGGAAGUCUGAGACAAAUUCAGUGCCUUCCCUCGUGUCUGCUCUCAGUGUGCCCACAAUGCAGCCAGCCAAGAGCCACGCAGCUGGUGCCUUGAACACACGAUCAGCCAGCAGCCCAGUGCCAGGUUCUUUGCAGUUUUCUCACAGUUCUCUGGAGCACAUGUCUAGUGUACAGUACCCUCCUAUUUUAGUUACUAAUAGUCAUGGCGCCUCUGUAACAUAUAGUGAACAGUUCCCAAAGUAUGACUCAGUUAGUGACCAUGGCUAUUAUUCCCUGCACAGUGAUUUUUCAAAUAUGAGCAUGAGCAGCAUGCAUAAUGUUGACAGUUUCUGUAGCAUGGAGCACGAGCAUGUGUAUCAGAGAAACCCCAGCCACUGCCCUGAAUCCUGCCUCAGCCAUUCAAACAGUGACUCGUUCUCGUCUUAUGGGGACCUGUACCCAAGCUCUGUGGACAGUAGCUUAGAGGAGAGUAUGAAGGGGCAGCAGCAGUCUCCUGCACAGACUAGGAUGCAAGCGUUCUCCCACGGGUUUCGUCAUGAAGCGCUGACUAGGGUACAGAGUUACGGACCAGAGGAGCCAAAGCAAGGCCCACGUAAGCAGGCUGGGUCUCAUCUAGCACCACAUAUCCAGCAUGCUGCAGUGGGAGCCAGGUCCAGCUGUCCUGGAGAUUAUCCCCUAACUCAGAAUGUUCUCCCACCUUUGUCCUCACAACCCACACGCUCGCUAGGUAUGACUCGUAUGGAUAGCAUAUCGGAUUCGAGGCUAUAUGAUAGCAACCCAAUGAGACAGAGGCGACCUCCACUGUGCCGUGAGCAGCAUGCAAGCUGGGACCCUCUCCCUUGUGGUAAUGAGUCCUAUGAAUAUCAUUCAUAUCCACUGAGUAACAGCUUGAUGCCAUGUUGUGAGCGGGUGAUGGUCCGCAGCAUGCCAGACAAAAUGGAACAAAUCUGGAACUCGCCAUGGGAGGCCCCAUCUGGAGCUGAACACCAAGAGCGGUAUGCUAUCCCAGACCACCAGUAUCAAACAUACAGGAACCUUUGUAACAUCUUUCCUGCUUACAUAGUCCACGCUGUAAUGGAGAAGAACCCUCAUUUGACAGACCCGCAACAACUUGCCGCUGUCAUUGUUACAAAACUGAGGUCAUGCCACUGAACAGUUAAUUGUAUGAAACUUUCAAAAUGGAUUUAAUAAGAGAAAUUAGGAUUUCUUUGCAAAGAUAGGCAUAUGUUAAAUGUUGCUCCAUGUGCAACGUCUGCCCUCAGGAGUUAGUCAUUUUUAAAUGUUUCUGGUAGGAUAGAGAACAUUUUUGUAUGAAGUGGGGUGUAGCUGAUACAAGCCAACACCUUAUUAGAAAUCUGGUUCAUAACGUAUUCAUACUACCUGAGCAGGAACAGGGAAGCAGCGUCUGUUUAACAUGACAGGUAAUUCCUGUAUUGUCAUUAACCUUUGGCAGUACUGUACGGUGUCCCUUAAUGUGGAACAUAAUACUGCUGUAUUUAAAUGACGUUACAUGUUGUACAAAGUUGUAGAGGCUGAAAACAAUAUGAAAUAUUCAAUCCAUUUUGUAAAACAUAUAAAUAAAGUAAUGUGUGAAAUAAGAAAUAAUGAAAUCAACAAGCUAACAUUCUAGGUAGGUUGUAAGCACAGAAGACAGUUUAUUAUAGGAAUUAAAAUUGGCUGAUUAAUUCAGAGAGCAAUCUUUUAAAGACCAAAAAACACUAAAAGCCAUUAUUCAUUUCUUCAUUUCAAAUCAACAGCUUGAUGAAGUUUCGAAUGCUGGCACUUGUGAGCUAAUUGACAAGCUUGCUAGAUAGUUAGCAUUAGUUGGCAAACACAAUAACAAAACUAAGGAAGUUUAUUUACUACUUUAUUUGAUAACACUGGUGUUUUUAGUUGUUCUGUUUACAGUUAUUAACUUUGUCUGCUAACAUAUAUACAUAUAGAUAGAUAGAGAGAGAGAGAGAGAGAGAGAUAUCUGUAUUGAGAUGAAGUCAUAAAAAUACUAAUUGGACUAUUGAAAUAUUACUUUAAACUCUGUUUUAACCAUCAAACAAUUCCAAAAGUUACUGCUUUAUUCAUGUAUUUUACAGAGGUGAACAUGUUUAUUUCAUUUAGAAUUGUAUAGCUGGGUUCUGUUUGGAGAUAGCUUACCAUCACAAUUUAAGACUAAACUGAACCCUAAUGUAAUUGCAGUUAAUUUCUGUAAUAUUGAAUGCGCGUAUCAGUGUGAACAAUUGAAUUAUUAAACAAGUUAGGUAAAUACCAGCACAGGAAAUAAUUACAUGGUCCUAUCUCCCAGAUUUGCCAAAUUAGAUUAGUCAUAAAGCACAUCAAUAUUUGUACAACAGCUUUUAUGAAGAUCCUGUUCAGGUGUUUUGAAUGCGUUAUGAAAGGCAUCUAAAGUGUUUCUGAUGCAGUGGAACUAUAAAUAACCAUGCAGUCUGCCUCUGCUGUAAAUAAUAUUUAUGAUAUGUUUUUGUUUUGUUUGUUUGUUUGUUUGUUUUUUUGGGGGGGGAAUUUAUUUUGAAGACAAGUAAGAGGGAGGUAGGUAUAUACCUCACCGCAUGAACUAUGACAUUUUAUGGCCUUAUAUCUGAAUGACCUCACACUUAUUCAUUGUCCAAUUGGUUUCGGUGAACAUCUUUGUCAUUGAAGCCUCAUAAUUUCAAAUGUAAAGCACUAUCUCAGUAUCUAAAGAGAUAUAUUUUCUCAGCCUCACUUAACAAAGCUACUAUUUUGGUAGAAUUUGACAGUGCACAAAGCAAGCCAAAAAAUUAUUUGACUUGUAUAUAUGUGCACAUAUUUAUGUACAUAUGAUCACACAAAAGCCAUUAUUUCAAAGUCAUUUAUAAGCUGCUAAAUAAUGCCAAAAAAUAAUUUAUAUAGUGUCACUAUUCAAAAUAAUUUUAGUUCACAGGAUCAAUUGGAUUAUAGUAUAGAAAGAGCAUCUGUGUUUGGAUAAUUUCCUAUAGUGUACUGUAUAGUUAGCUGUCUGAUUUUUAUUGGAUGCUGCAUCCAGGACUUUCCUCUUUAUAAAAUUGUAAAAUCUGUUGUGCUAAUCCUUUUCAGUGUGAAGUAUUCAAAGUAUCUUUGUUUCACGCAGUAGUUCUAUUGGACUUGUUCAAGUUGCCACUGGAGCAGUUUGUUUUCAGGUGCAAGUCAAUUUAUUUUCUAACUACUUUUACAUGCACCUAGAUAGUGUGAUCAUUUGAGCUUUAGUCAGUUACUUAAUUCUGAUUCAUAAAAAAAAAGAAAACUGUUGUCUUCAGUUUAAGUCAUCAAGUGCUCAUGUGCAUGACACACCUAAGCCAGGGAAGGUGGUAUCACUGUGGCAGUUAUCUAGCAAAAAUCCAAGAUUACUGCAUCUAAAGUCUAGUCCAGUGUGUGGUGAACAAAUCUGUGGAUUUUAAUAUUAAAUGAAGUGGUUUAGUGUUUUAAAUUGAACAAGUGCAUUUCUAACAUUAAGAAGGUUUUUAGAUGGAAAUAUGCAAGCAGUAAAACAUGCUCCCCUAUAAUAGAGCACAUCUCCUCACAUUACAUUUAGUUCAGUUGCACCUGUAAGAAAUAUUUUCUUGUAGAAAGUAAUUUCUUAUAGAACGUACAUGCACUUAAAAUAUGGCAAAGUUGAUUGAAACUGCAGAAAGGAGACUUUUUACUCCGUCAAUAUUCCAGUGCAUCUAAAUAAGUCAUCCGAUCUCAUGCCCUUACCUGACUUCCAGCUUUCUCUCAUGUGCUUGUAAAUGUGGUAAAACUGAGAAUUCAUUGCUCCUGGCUAUGAUGUGACUUUAGUAGGGACAUUGGAAGUUGUAGAAGUAUAUUCUCGGAGAUGGAAACAGUGUUCACUAUCACAGUUAAAUGUUUGCACAAGGAAUUCUGAUACCGACUGAACAUUUGCCUGAUGUUAUUUAUCAGAUAACUCUGAGGAUCUGGCUUAAAUAGUUAGGCCUGGUAGUAAAAUAAAUAUUGUGAUAUUUUGUAAAGUAUUAGGUUUCAAAAACAAAAAAUUGAAUAAACACAAUAAAUACAUUUCUGUGAAUGCUUGAAAGCAUGUUGGAGAUGAAAUUUCCUGUAUGGCUUUUUAUAGGAGGCUGGACUGCUAAUAUAUAGAUGUACCAUACGCAUACGUGCAGCUGUUCUCUAAGGAUUGUGGAAAGAUUUGGCUGUGCCUUGCAGCACACUGCUCUCAGGAUGCUUUCACUUUUCUAAUUUUAAGUCUUUCCUGCCAAAACCAGCGGUUACUGGCAAAAGUGUACUCUGAUCUAGUAAUUAUAUAUAGAUAUAUUUGUGAAAUUCCUACAUGUAACAUGUAGUACCUUAAAGUUAGUUAUUUAUGGUUGAGACAUGAAGAUGGCAUUGCAAAACUUUGUACUUUUUGUGAAUAUCCUCUUUAUGCACCUUGAGCGUUCGAACAGCGAGCUAACAGUUUGAAUUCAUGUGGUGCAACUUCAGAAGUUCCAUAAGCGUGUCUGUGUAGCCAAAGACAAAUGUGACAAUAUUAAAAAGUACUCAAAAAAGUUGUUUUCUUGAUUUGCUCAUGGUAAUGCUGAUUGGAAAGUGUUGAACCAGGCCUUUAAAAUUUCUGCCCUUAUCAAGCCUAAAAAUGAUGACGUUGGGUACUAAGUUUGGUAUCUAACAUCUGAUACCAGGCAGUCAGGCCUGAUAUUAUUCUGCUUCAAACACUACACUUGCAGAAGUUGUACCAUGUAAAGCCAGCCCAUAUAGCAGAACCAUGCUCCUAGCGCAUUUAAAGGGAAAUGCCACUUAUUUUCAGGGUUCAGGAAUGGUAACCCUUAGGCCUGCUAUUAAAGUGCACAGUGGUUAAAGGCUCAUUUGUAAAAGAUUCCAUUGAGUUUCAACAAACAACAAAAAUGCAUUUGGUGUCAGUUUAUAGUUUGUGCUAAUAAAUUAUUAAAAACGCUAUAAAUUAAUGUUUAGCUCGCGUUUUAGGAAACGAAGCUGCACCAGACUAUCACAAAGCUGUCUAUUUGUCAUUUAUUCUAUGAACGUGUUCAUGAAUUUUUAAACUGAGUGGUAUUACUCUUUAACAAGGCUAAUUAUGUGAGCCUGACCUUGUCUCCUUGGUGGUGCUUUUAAAGAUGCAUAUAAAUAUUUCUUUGUAAUGUUUAGGUAGAACCGUAAUAUGUAGACAUAAAGAAAAAAAACAGUUGAAUGUGUUUUGCCCAAAAUGAUUUUUGGGCUUUGCUGACUUUGUUUUUCAUGAAAAAAGACAAGGCCACAUUAGGCUAGCUGUCUGUUCAUGAGAAGGUGAAACAAACUGCCUAAAUGUUUCUUCAUGUGAAACAAUCAGAUUGCAAGGCUGCUGUCAAGGUUGUUUCUGGCAUUUGGCUAAAAGUUUGCGUGCCAUCCUUUCCCUUUGAAAUAAUUGAAUUGUUCUACUUUGGAAAACUUUGUAAAAACACUGAAGCGCUGUAUGCUACAAGAAACGACUCUAAAUAAAAAAACAAACAAAACAACAACAAAAAAAAUUGGCUUUGUUGCCAAUUGUAGCACCAAAUUAAGAUCAGUAGUUUGCCUUUUUCACUUAGAAGUAUUUAACCUUAUUGAGGUCCAUAUUCAACAUGAACACUGGAAUAGUCCAUUGACCAUGAGCUAAAUUGUGCGUGUACUUCACUUAGUAACUGUAAUGUAGGAUGUAGGUCACAGCAUAAAUCCACCAAAAAGCAAAUGGUCUGGGUUUUUUGUUUUAAUGUUUUGUGUUAAAUUUGGAAACUUGGUUGGCAAUGGACCACUUCAGGAUAAAAAAAUAAAAACCUCAUUAUUUCUGAUAAAUACUUUCAAUGUACCAAUCUUUCUUCUUUUGUUGUUGUUGUUGCUUUGGAUAAAUGUUAUAGACCAUAAUGGUGGUUUUUAGUCCUCUCCCUUCCUUUCUAAGUGCCGCAAA